CAAUGCGCUAUCCAUUGCGCCACGGAGCCACCUGUUGCACGCGGCUCCAUACGGGCCUUUUAUUAGCACACUACAAGGCUAACGACCUGUGAAAAAUAAAAUGACACAAACUCAAGUGGUCCUAACGACGAUGCACUGAAGAUCUGGAAAAAGGAAUCUUGGUCGUCUGGUAGUUCUGUAUUCAUCUUUGCUUGUGAAGGACACUCAUUCACAGUCAGUUUUAGUGUGUUAAGAAGUGGACGGGGAGCUGGUCAGAGCAGAUAUGAGCACUCCGGAGCUGACCACAGUGCUGGAGGAGUGCCUGCGGCUAGCAGGAACGGUGCCCACACUGGACAAAGAAACCUUCAAGUCAACCAGAGGCCUGCUCUCAGCUGAACUGAACUCACUGCUGCAGGAGGCUAUGGAUAUGAAGUGGCCGUUCGUGGAGGAGAAAUGGCAGUAUAAGCGCUCAGUGGAAUCAGAAGACAAAGUCAACACGAUAGACCUCAUCAAACAGCAUCUACCUCAGCUAAUUGCAUUUCUAAAAGCCUGUAUCUCAGCCGCAGAGCCACUGUGGGCGAUGUCAGUAGUCUUUCUGAUGGAUCGUUUCCUCUACCUGAUCGACAGCUCACACACCCUGCUGAAGAUCGCUAAAGCACUACACAGACGUUACCCAGAAACCCCUGUGGCCCCGCAGAUCGUCAUACGGCAGGCUCGCAUCUACCUCAACACUGGUAAACUACAGAAAGCAGAGUACAUACUAAGCAGUUUGAUCAGUAAUUGUGGAGCAACUGGAUGCUGGAAGUACCACAGAGACAGCGAUCGGAUUCUCGUACAGGCUGUCAGUGUGCAAGUGCGGGGACAGGUGCUCCAAAAGUUAGGGUUGUGGCUGGAGGCUGCAGAACUCAUCUGGGCUUCACUCAUUGGCUUCUACAUUCUACCUCUACCUGAUAAAAAGGGAAUCGGAACAUCCCUUGGGCUUCUGGCCAGCGUUCUGAUCUCGAUGAAUGAUGAAGACUUUGCUACAUUUCAGACGAGGCCUCAUAUCAACCUGGGUUUUCUGGGAGACUGCAGGCAUCGGUUGCUCUGUGCAGCUCAGGCUGCUAAAAUGGCCGUUGUCUACAGUCAGUUUGGCUCUCUGUAUGUGCUCACUCACAUGGUUACUCAGGGAACUUGUCUGCUGUCAUACAGUUUCUCCAAAAACUGCCCGGCUGCAGAGAAACCACACUAUCUCACUCUGGCUAAGGAAGCCUUUGAGAAUGGUUUGUUAACAAAGGCAGAGACGGAUGCGGUCACCAGUCAACAAGAGCUACACACGCUGAUAAAAGCCGCCUACUGCUUAGCCAUUACGAACAAAUGGAUGUUUGGUUUAGCCAAAGAGGUUACUAUGGCAAUUCAGUCUUGCCAGGAAGCCAAUGCACUGUUGUAUUUUUAUUGCUUUAAGGAUGACUCUAAUAAAGGGGCAGUGUCUUCUGAAGUCAUGGCGAAGGUACAACGCAUUAAGUCCCUUUUGAAAGUGAAAGCUUUUGUCAGUUCGGACCCAUGUUCGUUUAUUCCUGAUAGUUACCGUGCUAUGAAAGACAAACCUGUUGCAUUCACUCUUGGUGAUUUUACCAAGAUGAUGGAAGGUUUUCAGAAGCACCACAAAUCCGUAUGCGAGGCUUUUAAAGCUUCUGAACAGAAAGGCAGAAGAAGUGGGCAAGGUGCUGCGCAUGCUAACUGCAUCACAGCAUUUCAGACAACACUAACGGAAUCAUUCACAACAGAGUGUACCAGUACCAGUCUACAAGCAGAUGCUAAUAAAGACAUCAUGGACUCCAACAAACCGCGAGGUCCUUCCGUAGAAGUUUUUCAAAAAGAAAUUCUUGAUGCUACAUUGGACUUUGAUGAGUACCAUCCAGAUCACUGUAGCAGUAGAGGUUCAAAGCUUGGUGAGAACUCUAAGGAAGGUGUGAAAUCUGAGGCACAAGGUGCAAGAACCUCACAAGGCAGUAGCAGUUUGGGGUCCUCAUGGAUAAACAUGCCUGAUUCUGAAGCUUCUUCUGUUCUUGUUGAUCCAUUUUGUUGCACAGAAGCAGAAGACGAUGUUUAUGAUGAGAAGAUCGGUCAUGGAGCAAGUGCAGAAGCUGUCAGAAAUAAUGUGACAGGAUGCAGUGGUGCUAACGCAGCUGAUGCAAGCGAUCGAAUUGGCGAUAAUCAUCAAACUGGCAUGUUGGCUCUUUUACAGUCUGCUGGAGUCUUGGACAAAGGAGGAAAUACCCAACAGCAGUCAAAGCAAGAUCUAUCCACCACCUUGGAGAGUGAGGAUGGUGAUCAAAUCCUCAGCAAGAUUGAUGUUAAUGGCACAGGGAAAGGCAAAGAGAGAAGAAUGACUUCAGGCUCUCUUAACAGUAGCUUGGGCUCUUCAUGGCAGAGUAUCUCAUUCUCCAAAUCUCUUCCAACUGGUGAAUUUGCAGAGAUCCUGAAGGACAAGUCUAUAAUUGAUCAAAAAUGUGAGACGGUAACAAGUGAGGACAGCCCUGACAGUCCCUUCGAGUUAAUAAACCUCAACAGUUCAGCACUGCCGAUUAGCAAAGGAGGCCAAACCACUUCAGGUUCCCAAGAACAAUGCUGCUCUCAGAGACACGUACAAGAUCAGAGUGCCAUUGAGACUGUUGAGGAUCCAGAAGUGUCUUUUUUAAGCAAUGGUCUCUCUGGUUUCGCAUUAGCUGAUUACCCUGCAAAUGGGCUCAAUGCUAAAAAUGCCUCAGCAAACUCUCAAAAAGGUCAUCUACGUGAAUCUGACUCGAGGAACAAUCAACUGAAUCAAUCGCUGCUGUCUACUGAGUUUGAGUCUUAUGAAAUGGUGCAGUCUGAACUUACAACACAAGGAACUACAGCUUCACCUAACAAAGCUAAACAUAAUGAUCCUGUUGAUUCUCAAAUGCAAAACAAUUUGAAGGCUGCUCCUCUCCUUGAAACUGAAGCAGAAGACUAUCAACCUUCUCCAGUAUUUGCAAAACUAGAAAAAAAUCUAGGCAAGAACAACACGGAUAACACAUUCCCUACCAGCAUGAAAUCUUGCAAAGGAUGUUUCGAGGGCUGCACCAUGGGAAAUGUUGUUUUGACAGAGCAGGACUACAAAUCCCUCUUCUCAGGAGUUUGUCAGGACUGCCUGCUAAAAAGACUGCCAGAGAGAACCUUCAAACUCAGCCAGUACAGCAAAGCUUACAGCGCCCUCGUACUGAAGUAUUCCAAGGCGACUGACAGGUGGACGGGCUGCGAGACGAGUGUGUAUGUGGGUGAGCUGCUAGAGGUGGCUGUGAAGGGGGGACAGAGACAGGCAUUCAGGAUCCAGUAUCUUCACCAGGAGCAAAUGCUGGGCAGUUAUGUAGGGAAGGAGUAUCUGAGAGAAAGGAAGGCUCAUGCUCACUUGGCGGAUGUGGAGAGGCAGAUGACAGCACAGUAUUAUGUCAUGGAGUUCAACAAAUGCCUGUAUGAGAGUAACAUCACCACACAGAUCUUCUACAUCCCCUCUGAGCUUCUGCUGAUCCUGGAGGAUGACUGUAUUGUAGCCUGUAUUUCUGUGGAGCCAUAUAUGCUGGGAGAAUUUGUGAAACUCACCAACAACAGGACGAAAAGAAACGAGCGAUACUCAACCACUAAAUACGGCAUCGCUUUUGGCCACUUCACCUUUGAGUUCUCCAAACGAAAGGAGGUUGUGGUGGACCUGCAAGGAUGGGUAACAGCCAAUGGAAAAGGCCUGGUGUAUUUGACGGACCCCCAGAUCCACUCCAUCAUAAAGCCGAAAUCACCCAGUAACUUCCACAAGAUCGGCAUCAUGGAGUUCCUGCAGGAGCAGCAUGGAGAAGACUGCAGCCCCAUCUGCAGGACCGCCUUAAACAACCUCAAACAGAGGAGCACAUUAAAGCAAUAGUUCAGCUACAGCUCACACAUUACAGCAUCAACCGCAACAAAGUGCUACAGAUAUUGCACACAAUCUCUUGUCAUCCAUUUUACUGCAUUAAUGAUAAGGAGGAUCAUGUUUAAACCAUGUGCCUUUGUUUACCCUCAGCAGAUUACUGGCUUGUGAUUGGGCCAUCGCUUCAAGCCUGUACUUUCUAUUAAAAAAAUAAAAUAAAUAAAUAAAUAUUAAAAAGCCAUUUGCGAUCUUUAGUUCUUUAGUUUAAGCAUUGGAGCUAUGAGACUACUGUAGCUAACAAAUGGAACCUUAUACCUCACCAGCUAGCAUGGUACUAAUUGUAAUCAACCAUGUGGAGGUCCUCAGUAAUUAACUCAGUAAUUAGACUUGACUUUGUGGUUUCUGACACUGUAUGACACACUGUUUUCUACAAACAUGGACUAAAGUGUAAACAAAAUUCAAGGUUGUAGCAACACCACCAUCUGGUUGAGCCAAAAUCACUUCUGUUUAGGAGAACUCUCCACAUUCCUGAACUAAAAGCGUUUUUCAGACAGAGGUCAUAAAAACAGGAUUAGACACGUUUUACAACCUAAAAGGACGGUAUCUUAGGAAUAUGGACAAAAGGGAGGCUCACAACCCCCUUUUGGUGCCAUUUCUCCCCAAACUUUAACCAAACUUGUGAAUUACCAUCAUUUUCGUCAGUGAGUAUAAAAAUUCGUCGGUGAGUAGAAAAAUAUAAAAAAGAAUGCAAGCAAUACUACUUGUUUGUUAAUGUGUGUAUUACCUAAAUAGUACCUGUGUCCCUUUCUCCUAUUGAGUGCUAGAAAUACAGAGAGUCUAACUUUAAUAACAGACAGAAACAACCAUUUAAUUGCCACGAGUUAGACCAGUGAUCAGUAUGUAUCCUGAAAGUGGUUUUCUUUAUUUCCUUUGUUCCUUUUCUUUUAUUGUCCAUUUUAUUUCUUCAGGCAUUGGGUCAUAUUCGGAUACUAUAUAGGCAAGCAUUACCCGUGUUCUUUAACAUGUGUAUCAGGUACAGAGGGUUAAACUUUCUUAUAAACAUACCUGAAUAUUCUGUUCAUUCCUUGAUUUUGGAAGAUUAAGCCAAUUUGAUGAUAUAAAUGUUCCUUUUUCUUUGUUUAAAUCUAACAAACAAAGAAGGCAGUGAUUCUGGGGAAGGCAUUCCUAAAAAUAUGCACAACCAAUCAGAAUCCAGAACUAGGAAUAGCUAACUACCCGUUAGGUAGGAAAGCCUGUCAACAUCCUUGCUCGACCCCAAAUGGGAGUGGGCAAGAGUCGAAUAAAAUUCUAUGACACGGAACUUUUAGGGAGUUGGAGUCUGCGUUCUCAACCAGAAGGUAGCUCAAUUCCUAAGUUUGUGCCGACCUUGGUCAGAGAGACAGGUCAGAAUUAGCUAGAAUGCUCCAAGAUCAGAGCUGAAACUUUUGUUGUUGUUGUAACUUGUCUGUUCAUCUACAGACCUUAAGUUUAAACCACCCUCAGUGAAGGAAGUAGAUUUUUCUUGUCUGCUAAAGAGAGGUAGUUAGUUAAAUUAGUGUGACCAGCCUCAGAACCUUGACUGCAAUCGAAAGCUUGCCAGCGGAGUGGAAACGGCGGACGCCACUGACACCCGGCAUCACACCCAGAGCAAUGCACUAAAUCUAUGAGCAGUUUAAUUAGCGAAAGGCCACCAAGCAUCACCGUCAGACGGCCAUGAGACACCUUCGCCAAUCACUGAUGGGAAGGCGCGUGCCCGCAUGGCGAUGCAGCAUCCGCGGCCAGUGAAGAGACGAAUCAACACGUGAGCUCCGGCCUCGAUCAAGCCGGUCUGAAGACGGCCCUUCUGGAAGUCAGCCCGACUCCCACGUAAGCCGGUUCCACCAAUUUGCAGUCAGGGCUCUGAUGCCAAUUUAUUUAAUAAGAGAACUUUUAAUACGUACAUCCAACUCAGCCAUAUAUAGUUACUCCUGUCCAGACUUAAGUUUCUCACGUCCUCCGGAGAACCAUACUGCCUCAUAUUCUUUAACUGUGAACCACUUUAAGCGAGCUAUGUUGUCCAUUUAACUUUAAUCCUUUUUGUUGUGUUUUUGUUUUAUUUUCUUUUGUUUAUCACUGAAUGUAGUCCAAGAUAGUUUGAUAUUUAGCCAAUAAACUCCAUUCUAUUGAAGCAUC